CGCGGAAGCUAAAAUAAGGAGAGAGGGAAAUAAUAACAGUGAGAGAAACUAAGGUGGUGUUGAGUUUGUUGUUGUGAGAGUGAAAAAUGUCACACAGCGACACCAUACCCCUUCACGCAUCAUCCCAAUCAGACAUUGACGAGAUCGAGAAUCUCAUCUAUGCUUCUCCGGCCACCGUUCUCCCCGCCAGACCACCAAGUCCACCACGCGCUUCUAUCCCCGUUUCUUCCUCUUCUCCUUUCAUCUCCUCCAAUCUCCCUAAUCCCGUUCCUCCCAAAUCCUCAUCAUCUCAAUCUCAAAUUCCAAAACCCCCUUCUUCUUCUCUCCCUCCUCCACCUCCUCCUCCUUCUACCCGACCCGAUAUAUCUACCUCCGGAUUCGGACCUGCCCCUAACACGCUAACCGAACCUGUUUGGGAUACUGUUAAAAGAGAUCUCUCGAGGAUCGUUAGUAAUCUCAAGCUUGUUGUGUUUCCUAACCCUAAUCGUGAAGAUCCUGGUAAGGCUUUGCGUGAUUGGGAUCUAUGGGGACCUUUCUUCUUCAUUGUUUUUCUUGGUCUCACUCUCUCUUGGUCUGCAUCUGUCAAAAAGUCUGAGGUUUUUGCGGUUGCAUUUGCUUUACUUGCUGCUGGUGCUGUAAUUUUGACAUUGAAUGUUCUGCUUCUGGGUGGACACAUUAUUUUCUUCCAGAGUCUGAGUCUGCUGGGUUAUUGCUUAUUCCCUCUUGAUGUUGGUGCAGUAAUUUGUAUGUUGAAGGACAAUGUUAUAGUGAAAGUGGUAGUGGUAUGUGUGACAUUGGCUUGGAGCUCUUGGGCUGCUUAUCCUUUCAUGAGUUCUGCAGUCAACCCCAGGAGAAAAGCUCUUGCUCUGUACCCAGUUUUUCUCAUGUAUGUAUCUGUUGGUUUUCUUAUCAUUGCCAUUGAUUAAAUGCAUCAACGUUUCUGAUUACUUUAUUCUGAUAACCACUUGGAAUUCCCUUCUAAAUAGGAAUUUUUGUUUAAUGAUCAACCUUCUCUAUUCUUUGUUGCC